CCGUCUCCCUCCGCCCUAUAUAAGGCGGGCGCGGCGGGGCUCCCGGCUCCGCAGUGUGCGUGGGCGGGCGCGGCGGCUCCGCGCUGUGGUGCGGCGACCCGCGCGGCCUCCUCCUUCUCCCCUCUCUGCAGCCCGGCCCGGCGGCGGCCCUGCCGCCGCUGCCGCCGCCGCCGCCGCCAUGAGUUCGGGGACCCCUUACAUCGGCAGCAAGAUCAGCCUGAUCUCCAAGGCGCAGAUCCGCUAUGAGGGCAUCCUCUACACCAUCGACACCGAGAACUCUACCGUGGCGCUGGCCAAGGUGAGAUCGUUUGGUACUGAAGACCGGCCCACAGACAGACCUGCUCCUCCAAGAGAAGAAAUCUAUGAAUACAUUAUUUUUCGAGGAAGUGACAUCAAAGACAUCACUGUCUGUGAACCUCCAAAAGCUCAACAUACUCUGCCACAAGAUCCUGCCAUUGUUCAGUCUUCACUGGGCUCUGCCUCUACAUCAUCCUUUCAGCCACAUGUGCCUUACAGCCCAUUUAGAGGUAUGCCACCUUACAGCCAGCUUGCUGCCAGCUCUUUACUUAGCCAGCAGUAUGCAGCUUCGUUAGGUUUAGAGAAAUUGGUAAGCCCUCCAGCAUCAGCAGCUGCUUCCAGCCCUAGUUCUUCUCCGUCUCCACAACCUGUUUCAGAGCCUGACAUGUCUUCAGAGCCCCAUCAGCUCUCUUCCAAGGGUGCUGGCUUUCCUCCUGUGCACCCAGUCCGCAAGAGCCCCAUGGUAGAGCAGGCUGUGCAGACAGGCCCUGUGGACAACAUGAAUGCCCAAAAGCCACCCCCAGUGAAAGUCACUCCAGGGGUUCAGCGCACUGGACGGCAGGUUCCUCAGGGCAACAGUAAGACCAAUGUUUAUCCUUCUUGUUUGGUAGAUACAGUUCAGGCAGCCCCUGUGCAAACCCAAGGACAGGUGAAUGAUGAAAACAGAAGACCUCAAAGGAGAAGAUCGGGAAACAGGAGAACCAGAAACCGUUCUAGAGGACAAAACAGACCAACUACUGUGAAGGAAAAUACAAUAAAGUUCGAAGGUGACUUUGACUUUGAAAGUGCAAAUGCACAAUUCAACAGAGAGGAACUUGAUAAAGAAUUCAAGAAGAAACUAAACUUUAAAGAUGACAAAGCAGAGACGGGGGAAGAAAAAGGGGACCCUGGAGUGGCAACUCAAAACAACGAUGGGAACACAGAGGAGGACCUUCUGGGACCCAACUGCUAUUAUGAUAAAUCCAAGUCCUUCUUUGACAACAUUUCUUCAGAGCUGAAGUCUAGUUCCAGGCGCACCACGUGGGCUGAGGAAAGGAAGCUCAAUACAGAGACGUUUGGAGUGUCUGGACGGUUCCUUCGUGGCCGCAGCUUCCGUGGUGGGUUUCGAGGUGGAAGGGGCAGCGGAGCAGCCAGGAGAAACCAAACCACUCACAGAGCUGGUACUGGCAGAGUGUAACUGCAGAGGCUCAUGGAGAUUUUGAGGACCAUUCCUUAUUGCACCUGAUUGAGCCUUCUAAGUGGUGGAAGGAAAGGAGAGUGGUUUAAACGUGUUCCUUCUCAUGCUGACUGUGGUGUUGAUUCCUGGGGUUGACCUUCUGUUGGAGCUGAGGCUCUGGCCGAGCGUUUCGGCUGAUAACAGGGAUGUGAACUUGGCUGCUUUUCUCAGGAGAAGGUCCCCAUGAUAGCAAAUCUAAUUGUCUCUUUUCUCCUGAAUAGGUUCUAACAUCUCUCCUGAGAGGAUGAAACUGUAUAUAGAAAGAAAACAACCGAUUGCUGCACUAAUGUGGGAGAGGGGUUCAUACUGUUUACUGUCUCAGCUCAAGGGACAGAACUUCAUGUACUACUGCUUAUAUUCUGGACUUACUUUGGACCAGCAACUGUCAGCUGGGAUGUUCUUUGGAAGAGGGAAUGUGUUCAGGGGUACCUUCUUCAGGGUGGCUUUUUUGUUUGUGGUUUUUUUUAAGUGCAGACUAACUCACGUGUUCUUUCUGGGUCUCUCAGAGGCUGCUGUAGUCGAAGUUUCAAGUCAGACUCGUUUUCUGAACCCUGAAGAAGAGAAAUCAUGCUCUUUUAACAUGGAACCAAAGCUCACUUGAAAUAAACCAGCUACAACUUGUUUGUUCCGAGUAACCAAAUGGAUUCUUUGGUGCUGCUGGUCUCGGUGUCGGUGGCAGCCGGUGUGAAGCAGCACUGGCUGUCUGGAAGGACGCAUUGCUGGUGCGGAGGAGCUGUGUAUAUUGUCACUGGGGAAUGCUGGCUUGUUGCUCGUGUAGUGGUGUCAGUGUGUACAGCUGCGUGGGCCGCUGCCGCGGGGCGCCGGCUGCCCUGGGGCUGGGGGCUGCUCCUGGCAGGGCGCUGUGGGGACAGGGUGUGUGUCCUGGACGGGGCGGUGAGUGGCCGCCACUGCGCUCGCAGCGAAGCUUUUGGCAGUUGCUGGCUGUCUGGGAAGGAGCGGGAGGCCCCGAGCUCCCCCUGGGUUUGUACCCACGCGUGGGUAGCGCCGGACGCAGCUGGCUCUCUGCGCAUGGGCCGCGGGGAACACGAUGGGAUGCCGUCGUUAAAGCGGGGAUGAGAGCCCAGGGAAUGAAGCGUAAGGCUGGGCAUGUUUCAUUUGUUUCCUCUGUACCCCCAUACUGUACAUAGUUUAGUUGGGUUUUCUUUGGUUUUUAAAGCUGUAUGUGGGGCGGGGGCUGGGAGGGAGGGCCGUUUGUUUGCAUGAAUCGGUGGGUUAAAUCGCUUUUGGCAUGUGUCCCUUUUUUUUGGUUGGUAGGGAAUUCUGUUGAAAAAGCACCUUGAUGACUGAACCCCUUCCAUAGCUAGAACUUUAGUUAUGCAUUGACCUAGGUUACUGUAAAAGCUUGGAUUUAUUUUUGUAGGACUUUAUUGCUAAGAAUUAGAAGAUAGCAGUGGGGCUGCUCUUUGGAGUAAUGUAAAUUGUAAUUAUAAUAAACAUGUACAUGUUUCA